UCAGUAACAUAAUCAAUGGUUAUCAUGUAAAUGCCAAAUGGCAAAAUACCUAAUUAUUAAUCAAUGUUAAAUUAAUAAAAAUCAGUUGUGAAUUUGUGAUUGUGUCAAAUGCAUGUAAUAAGUCAUGUACUGUGUUUAAAUAUACUUAUUGUAAAAACUAAAAUGUAAUUGUAGGUAUUUGUAUUUUGUACUGUGUCCGUAAUAAAUAAAACAUUAUCCACCGUACAAUAGUUGUAUUAAAUAAUCCGUAGUGGAAUAAAUAUUUCGAUUAACUUAACACUAUCAUGAAAUUAAAUCGUGCAUUAGUUUGGUUAUAAAUACUGAUCAAAACUCAAUUUCGAACAAUAAUUUUAUCAUCAAACCUGCUGGAAAUGGAGAAAAAAGAUGAAUAUCACGAUCCUGACUAUCCUGAAGUACCCGUAUGUAUCAAAGUGGAGGCACCAGAACUAUCAGAUGAGGAGAAAAUUGAAAAGAUCAAAAACAUUAUUUUGCGCGAGUUUGCGAAUGAGCUACAAAAACGGGAAACUGAAGUUGUUCUAAUAAAUGAAAGGCUGGUGUCAGCGCGACGACAUCUGUUCCAGCUGCGCUACUCACUGGUGAACAGCUUCUACAACGACCAGCGCUUGCAUCUUAGCAACGCGCAGAUUGAGGAGAAUCGAGCCGCGCAAAUCGAGCCCCGCGCCAAGGAUGAGGUGUCUAAGCUCCUGCGGGACAGUCAACGUCGAAUACAUCCCUCAGUGCGGCGGCUGCUUGGCAAACAGACUGUGGACCUCGAAGAAAUACUCAAAUAUCAAGGACCCAGGAAGAAAGCACGCAAGGAUUACUUGGCGAUGUCUAGUCACAACAGCACAAUCGCGGCGGACAGCACGACGUCGCUGCGGCCCGCGGGCGCUCCGACCACGAAAGCCACGGCUGCGCCCUCUGCCGCCGCCAGCAAACCCCGGAAGGUGCCGCGCCACGUGGAGCCCAGGGCUACCAAUGUGGUGUCUCUGGCUGAGUCCAUCCGCAACCAGGUCAAACACCGCUACAGGAUCAUUAUUGGGAACACGUCGAAGUACGCUCCUCCCGCGUCCCGUGUGGACAAGUCCACUCACAAGUGGCUGCUGUACAUCCGCGGCCCGCCCGACAAGCCAGACCUCUCCAAAGUGAUCACCUCAGUCACCGCCACCUUGCACCACUCUUACUCGCCGCAUCAUAGAGUUCAAAUAGACAAGCCGCCGUUCCACAUAUCACGCCGUGGCUGGGGUGAGUUCCCCGUCAAACUGGAGCUGCACUUCCCGCUGCCAGAGGUGAACAGGCCCGUGCUCAUCGAACACUUUAUUAAGCUGGACCGAAACUACACCGGCAUGCAGACCCUGGGUGCCGAGACUAUUGUAGAUGCAUGGUUAUUCAGUACUCCGGAAAUGUUAGAAUUUGAAUACAAAGAAGCUGAACCGAAGGCGCAGAGUGAACCAAAAGAAGAAACAGAAGAAUCACAACCAGACAUUGAUCAACAAAUGAUCGCACAAUCAAAUGAUAAUAUAAAACAAGAACCAACUGAAACAGAAACCAAGAAUGAAAGUUGGUUAGAUUUUUUCACAAAUGAUGCUACGGUUAAUGUAGAUGAUAUGUUGGUAAAAGAUAUAAAAACUGAAAAAAUUGAUAAUGUGAUUAGUGAAUUCAAUACAGAAGAGUUACCCAGUAAUAUAACACAGCCAUGGAAGAAGAGAAUAAUGAAAUAUAUAGAACCGAAUACUGGGAAGAUAUAUUACUUGGAAAUGGAUAGGAAACUAGAUUUAAGUACAGUACAAGAAAUAGUAAUCAAUUCUAAGGGCAAUGUAAAAACGGCAAAGAUCAGUCCAAUCAAGAACAAUGGUGUCAAGAGUGUGAAGAAUGCAUCAUUACUGCGGCCUUUACAGAAAGAGCAAGAGAUACCAAGACUACCAAAACAUAUAGAGAAUGAUCACUGUUAUAUUCACUCAGAUUAUUAUUAUAAAAGUAAUUUGGAUAUUAUUAAGGAGAAUUUGUGUAAGUUUACAAGUGUGCGUAGGGUAGUGAGUUACUUGUUGAAAAGGAUACCGUUGAUUAGUGACCAAGUGUCGGAUAAGUGUUACCCAUUUGUUGUGGAAAGUGACGACAAAUAUUGGAAACUGGAUUUUGCUAAACGGAGAAAUAUUGAGUGGUCGAGAGCGAAACUGAUCAACAAGUUACUCUUAGAAAAAUUUGGAGACCCAGAUCAAAUAUGGCGGACGAAACAAAUUCUUAUAUUCUCCAGGCUUCAUGGAUACUACGCUAUCAGACCGGAGACGAGCAAUGCUGCCGAGGAUUGGAGUAUAGAGAACAGACGAAUGGAGCUGACAAUCAAACAAAUGUAUCCCAGAGCCGAAGACAUCAGCACAUUUACCGAAUUCAACUUGGAAACGUUUAAAGAUAUGUCGACAGAGUCUACGGUGGUGUUGGAUUCUGAUGAAGAGAUCGACGUAGUUGGUGAUAGUAAAGUGAGUGUAGUUAAAGUGGCCGAGCGUGGGACAGAACUGAGUGUUUUGGGUGUCGAGUGUGAGGAAACAAGACUGCAAUAUAUGUUUUUGGAACGGACUUGUGCUGAGGUGGGUGUGGAGUUAAGGAAUGAAGAUGUUGGCUGUGGUUACUCUUAUAGCGCAGUGCACGCGGUGCUUCUGUCGGCGCUGAGGAGCUUCGCAGAGGAGGUGGUGCGAGGAGCACGGGCCGCGUCGCUGCGGGAUCAGUUCGCGGACCAGCCACCGCCCACCUGGCUCGGUACAUCCCGGCGGGUCACGGUUGGCCUGGAGCACGUGUACGAGGCCCUCACUAGCAGUCCCGAGCUGGAGCACCUUACCAACUCGGGCUUGGCCUCAAAACACAAACAGACGCACUCAAUAUAAGCUUUAAACUGA